CCAUGUUUCAACGGCUCUGUUGUGCAUCUUUGUUAUGGUAGAGGGGCAUGCGAAUGCACACAACGUAGGCGGCUCAGUUUCUCACAUACGGACCGCGUGCAUGCCAUUAUUGACCGCAGCGAGACCUGCCACAGGCGCCGAGCAACAGCCCGCAUGACUGGACCCUCGUAGUAGAAGCCUGGGACUCGCAGCCUUGGUUUCAUGUUUGUUAUCGUUGAAGUCUGGUCUUAGACAGCCAUAUCAGCAGGCGAUACUGGGCAGGCAAUAACAAGCUUCCGACAUCUAUAUACUAGCAUUACAGCAACACGAGCCGCAGGCUGCAAGAUGCGGCCUCUGCGCUUCUUACUUACCCUGCUAACCUGCAUUCUUGCCUCCUUCUGCCUACUCUCCUUCGGCCCCUGGGCCACAACGACACAGGAAGAUCUCGAAGAAAGGCAAACGCUUAAGACGUAUUUUAACUGGCGAACGCCAUCGUCAUUGUUCCCACCUUCGGCAAUUAUUAGCUUGACCGACGACAAUUCGACUUUCUUCCUAGCACGCCCUGCGGCGUUUGGUCCGCUGCUACCUGGCCGGAGUUUGAGUGGCCAGUUAUGGAUUGGCAGUGGCUUCGGCGAUGACCAUACGGGCCGCGGUGGAGCCGGGGCGGGCGGCGAAGGAGAGCUAGGCUGCAGCGAUAUCCCGGACUGGAAUGAUGGCAAGUACAGGAGCAACACUGGCGCUAAGAAGGGCUCGAGUGAUGUGCGGAUGGCGGGCCAUCAAGCGCAAGAUGCCAAGAGCGGCAAGAGCAGUCCAAGGACGAAGGAGGAAGAGGAUGAUCACGAAGACGUGAUAGAAGAGGUCCCUGCACAGGACGAUGGUACGGAUGAUCAUCUGCAUCAUCCGUUGCCUCCUUCCGACGGCCUGAAGAGCAAUGGCAAGGCAGCGAAGAGCAGCAAGAAGCCGGCACAUGCGGACAUCCAGAGCUUGCAAGAGGGUGCCGAGAUUGCUGGCAAGAUCGUGCUGUUGAGUCGUGGUGGUUGUGGCUUUCUCGAGAAGGUCAAGUGGGUGCAGCGCAGAGGCGGCGUGGCGCUUAUCGUAGGCGACGACAUUCGUGGCGGUCCGCUCGUGACGAUGUAUGCGCGCGGUGACACUUCGAAUGUCACCAUCCCAUCGCUGUUCACUUCACAUACGACUUCGCAUCUGUUGUCGAGCUUGAUACCUUCGGGCGGUGUAUUGGAUGAUCUGGCGGCCGAGGAGGCCGCAAGGCUCGGACUGGCGUUAAGUGGAAAAGCUGGGUCUGGGAAGGGUGGGAAGAAGAAGGGCACUUCGGCUGACAAGCCAAACUUCACAACUACCUCAGUGGCAACAGAGUCGACAUCAACUUCGAAGGCUACCCCAAAGGAUGGCAGAAAGUCUUCAGCUACUGCAGUGGAUAAAGAUGUAAUGGAGAAAGCCAGCGCUGUGACAUGGCUUCGAUAUUUCUUCGGAGGUAGGAGGGCCACAGUCGAAGGGAACAGUAGGAGGCCUCCAACCAGCGGUAGCAGUGGAUGGGUGCCGCAGGAGCUUGACGAGGACGAAGUUGGUAUCCUUCGCUUUAUCGGCACGCAUGCCACCACGUCGACUUUGAGCUCAAAGGCUUCGAGCAAGACGGCGAAUGCCGGUGCUAGUGACAGCUUCGUCAUUGGCGUGCAGGACUGGCGCGAUCCGGAUAUGGUCGCGGCGCAAAAGGAGCAGCAACAAGUGACGACAUCAACAUCGACGUCAAGCUCUGUGGCUCCAGCGACCAGCACGAAAGCUUCCAAGCACGGUCUUAAAGGCGGCAGUAUCACGCCCGGAAGUGGCGAGUAUGGCAAAGCAGGUCACGAGGCCGUUGACGUUACUGGCCUGGACAAGCAGGCUGGCAACAAAGUUGGGCUUGGAGAGCAUGAUGGCAGCUCGGCCAACUGGUUUGCGAGGCUGUUCGACUACCAGGACACGCCUCCAAGCAAAGAGCACAAUCACAAGAAGUCUGCGUCAGAGGCUCCCAAGCCCGCACAUGAUUCUCCACAAACCAAAAGCUCCAAUCAUGGACUUAUGGACGACAUGUCAGAGCACGAUGGCCUCUGGAUCACACUUACGCCAACCCUGGUGUCCUCAUCUCCAUUCUUUGAUACCCUUCUCGUCCUAGUCGUCUCGCCCCUCGUCACCCUAACAGUAGUCUACGCUCUGCUUCUCCUGCGCUCCCGCAUCCGGCGGCGCAGAUGGCGCGCACCCAAAAGUGUGGUCGAACGCCUACCAGUGCGCACAUACCAGACCAUGCCUAGCACCACCGCAACAACGUCAUCAACGACUUCAUCCGUGUCUUCGCCCGUCACGGCGUCAACGCCACUCCUGCCCUCUGGCGCGAGACCAAUCAACGCUCGCGUGCGACCGCGGUCACGGACCGCUUCAGAGGUGCCGGUGCAGCCGAGCUCGUCGCUAUCCGAUGAGCUGGCGCCGCCGAGCUUGGAGCAGAUCGAGGAAAAACGCGCGGCAGGUCUCGCGGAGUGGCGGAGACGGUAUGGAGGCAAGCAAAGGGAGUGCGUGGUUUGUCUCGAGGAGUACGUUGAUGGCGUAAGCAGAGUAAUGAGCCUACCCUGCGGGCAUGAAUUUCACGCGGAGUGCAUCACGCCCUGGCUCACAACCCGCCGCCGCACCUGCCCCAUAUGCAAAGGGGACGUUGUGCGGUCAAUGGCUCGAUCCGCGCAAAGCGCUCGCAGCACGGCUACGCCAGCGCCACAACAAUAUCACGACGACCCGAACGAAGAGAGCGAGGACAAUGUACAGGAGCAAGCGGCCGUAAGUCGCAAUGACGAUCCUGCCGCGCAGCAGCCGGUUAGCCGCGAGGACGAAGCGUUUGAGGACCUGGAGCAAGGUGUCGUCGAUCGUACGCGUUGAGCAGGCAGCCCUGUUACGACGGUGUGGUAGGGUGUAAAGAACAUCGAAAUGAUACCCUUCCCUCGAAGGCAUUUCUGGCUUACAGCCAAAAUCAGCCUUACCGCAUGUCGAGCCGCAGCCAGUCUUGCGAGUUUCCGCUCAAUCCUCAUCCUGAUACGAAAUCUUCCGCAUCUCACCCAACCGAUGCCGUGCCGCACUAAGCGAGUUCUCCAACU